AUGAAUGCCGUCACUUGCGUCCUCCUUCUAGGAACGGGAUUUCUUCUCCUGCCAAACGCACAAGCCCAAUGCAUCAACGUAACCUUGCCCAACGUGCUUGGCCUGGGGAGCUGCAUUGGAACACGACUUCAAGCCUGUCCAGACACAUCUGAUGGCCUUCUUCCGGAUGUAACCGCACUCCUUGAGUGCGUGGUACAAGCCCUACCCCGAGCCGGCAACCCUGCGGCCGUGCUCUCAAACGUCGCCGAACUUCUAGAGACAGUGCUGGGAAGGCUCGGGAUCUCUGCGGACAUCGUUUCCAUUUCGAACCUCCUCUGCCGGCCGUUCGGUUUUCCGCUGCUUCCUUGCGAGAAUUUCACCUCGGGGACCCUGGUGUGCGGAGAACCGAUCACCGUCAGCCUGCCAAGCGCCUUCAACAUCGGAAGUUGUCUCAACAGGACCGCUCUCUUUUGCGAAGCCGGACAAGCCGUUAGGGACCCGAUUUUGACUGAACUCGUCGAAGCAGUUGGAUGCAUUCUCAGCGGGGCCCCGGGAACCAUGGGACUCGAUCUUGCUCGGGCCCUUGUGUGCCCUCUCGUCGAGAUCCUCAACUCAGCUACGCGAGAGUUCGCCGCCGCCUUUCCCUUCGGUGUCAUCGCUCGAACCAUGGCGAAGAUCAUCCGUGUACUCACCGGCCGACGCCUCCGCUCGGUCGUCUCGUGUUGAUCACGGCGAGAUAUCCUACUUUAUUCCUCGAGGAAUAAUACGAGGUACGGGUCCAAUCGACCUCGGAGCCGUCGAGGUUCCCUAGUCGAAUUCUUACUCAAGCAUCGGCUCCCUGAAGCAGCAGUCUGCAGCACUGCGAGUGUCCGACGGAUCUAAAUAUUAGUGAACUUACACGUAGGGGCAAAGAAAAACAAAAUCUCGAGUAACCACAGGGAUUCCGUAACGAUUUUGAGCUGGUUCCCUUUGUACGAAUCGAUGGAAUAAAAGAGAAAAUACGCC